CGUGGCUAGCGUGGUGGGAGGAGGAAGUGAGUUUACUUUUUUUAUAAAUACAAUACGGGUGUUAGUGUGAAGUGUUAAGAAAAAACAUUGGAAAAAUAUUAUCAAACUGGUGCUACAUUAUUAUGAAAAAAUGGGUCUCUUUGGCAUAACUUAAUACAGAGAGAGAAGAAGAAGAAAAAAGAAAGAGAAAAAUAUAACAAUAAAUUCAUUCGAAAGUGAUAAUAAAAAGUGUGAGAACCAUAAAGAAAGAAAAGAAAAGAAAAAAAAAGCCCAGACAUCUCUCGCUCGGGAAGAUAAACACACCAGACGAAGCAAAAGGAAGAGAAAGAGAGAGCUAAAGUGAAAGUGAAAAAAAAGAGAGAGAAAGAAAGAAAGAAAAAAAAGAGAGACAGAAAAGAAAGAAAAAUAGAACUUCUUAUUGUCUGUCUUCAACUCCUUCCAAGAUGAAGUCCGUGUUUGUCCUCCUCGUCCUCCUGGCUCUGUUGGCCAACGGGAAAGCAACAGAAGAGAGCGAUGACGUCACAACAGAAGACUCUCCCGUUAUCACCCGCGUUGCUGCGUCUGUGGCCAACGCCGGGGAAACGGAGGUGGCGAAAGGAAGGCGAAGAGGAGACGGCAAUAACGGAGGUGGGGAUGAUGCGGCCGAUGACGGCGAGGAUGCGGAGUUGGUGGCAGCCGGGGGGGGCGGCCGGCGGGAGGAGGGGGAGAUCCCGGAGUCCCUCUCCGCUGCCGCCCGUCUGCCAAAGGCCCAGGCACUGCAGGGCGUCCACCAGGGCCUCUCUCAGGGUCUCCCCCAGGGUAGCAGCGGGCGCCAAGUGCAGCCCGCGGGCAGCCAGGUGGGCGGCCAGGUGGGCAGCCAGGUGGGCACGCAGGGGAGCUUCCAGACGGCGCAGACGAUUCAGAGCCUCAACUUCGGCAGGAUCCCGACCUCGUGCGCGCUCUGCUCCCGCGAGAGGAACUUGUGCAGAAUCAUCUCGGGAAUCUUCACCCGGCCCCGCCUUCCCUACGGCUACUCCCUCGUCACCCCCAUUCCCGCGGGCGUGUGCAACGUUACCAUCACGGAGAUGAAGCCGUCAAAGAACUUCUUUGCCCUUCGACGCACCGACGGCACCUACGUCCUCAACGGCAACUGGGACAUCCAGGCGGCGGGGCAGUACCAGGCCGGCGGGACAGUCUUCACCUACACGCCGUCAGACGAUGACAGCGGGGAACAGCUCGCCGCGCCAGGACCUCUUCGGGAGUCGAUUGAACUGAUGCUGAUCUCCCAGAGUCCCAACCCGGGCAUCAAGUACGAGUACCGCGUCCCUCUCUCGGAGUACCUGGGCGGCGGCACGGGCGGCCUCACUCCAUCAUCGGGCGGCCUCGUGCCCAACAUGGGCGGGAAAGUCGGGCCGGCGACGUCCGGGCUCGGCCCCACGCAAGGCAGGGGCCUGGGCCUCGGGGGCGGGAAUGUUCCUCCGGGGCAAGUGACGCCGUUCCAGGGGGCCCCGAACGUCGGCGGCACGGGCGGCAUCAGGACUCCUGCGGGCGGCGGGGCAGUCAAGCCCAACCUGGUUUCGCGCGUGCCGGGGCUUCUGCCGUACGGCCCCGCCAACCCCAACAUCGCCAACGGAGGCAUCCUGCCCCUCACGCCCGUGAUCGCCCCGAUCAACCCUGGGGGCGCCCAUGGCACCUUCACUCCCUCCGGGGUCGUGCCCUUCAAGCCCCUCAGCCCCCAGGGAGGGGUGGGUAGGGCGGGGGCGGGGACGCCGCCCAGAAACCCCGCCUACGUGGGGAGCCAGCCACGGCUCCCGACCCUGGAUUCCAGCGGGGGCGCCGCACCCAGGGGCACCAUCCCAGGGAUCGCGGGCGUCCCGUCACGAGGGCAACCCUUAACCCCCAUAGGGACCCCCAACCAAGGGUCUGGGAGCCUCCCCCUCCCCUGGAAUCCCUCAUACACUUCCCAGGAUGGCGGCCGCGGACUUCCCUUGGGGACGCCCUUCCAGUUCCCAGGGAGCACCGGAGGCUCUGGCGUGGCCCCCGGCUCAGGCUUCCCCGGCCAGAGGCUGCCUGUCUCUCCGCGGGCCGACGGGGGCGGCCUCGAGACCCCCGGCUUCCCGCCGGAGUUCCCCCAGAACAGCGUCCCCCUCCGCCCCGUGGCCGUCGCGCGCCCCGGCUCCCCAGGGGCGCGGAGGCCACCCACCGUGGACGGUGACGCCUCGUCCGCCGCCUCGAAUACGCACAGGACACGACAUCAACACGGCACCAAGGGCCGGAGGAAAUCACCGGGGAAGGCGCCGGGCCGCCCGCAGACGCCCUUCGGCCCGGGCGUGCAGCUGACGCAGCCCAACGUGCUUCCGUCCUCGCCGUCCGAGCCCCAGGCCGCGAAUGUGACGACAACAUCCAGGCGGCGCAGCAAGAGCGAGCGGCGGCGGCAGAAGAGCGAGGGCGCGAGCGGCGAGAGCAGGCGGCAGAAGGGGCGGAAGAGGUCUCGCUUCCAGUGGGCGGAGAAGGGGUUCACGCCCUGCUCCAGGGAGUGCGGGGGAGGGAACCAGACAACCAUCCUGUCGUGCGAGAGGAGGAGGAAGAACAGCGUAGUUGCGGACCGGCACUGCGCCCACCUCCCGCGCCCGGAGACUCACACCAUCAUGUGCAACCUCAAGCCAUGCCCGGCCACGUGGAUGCCCGGCGAGUGGGGUCCCUGCAGCGUCUCCUGCGGGAUCGGCGUGCAGACUCGACCCCUUCUGUGCAAGCAACAGGUGUCCCCGAACUUCAUCAUGAUGGUUCCCGAGGGGGCGUGUCUUACCCCGCCCACCGUGUCCACUUCGCAGGUAUGCGAGAUGGGGAGGUGCCCCAGUGCCAGCCCGGAGUGGGAAGCCAGUGCCUGGUCCAACUGCUCGGCGCCCUGUGGCCUGGGCAAGCGCUUCCGGCAAGUGAAGUGCGUUGCCUCGGGCGUGCAGGUCCAGGACGGCGAGUGCGAGGGCGGGAGCAGACCCCAGGCGGAGGAAGUGUGCGACAUGGGCUCCUGCGCGACCAGCACCUGGUUCUUCUCGGAGUGGGCGCAGCAGUGCUCGGAGCGGUGCGGCACGGGCGUCCAGACGAGGCGCGUCCACUGCCUGAGCGCCACGGAGUCCUCGCGAGGAACCUGCCCGGCGGAGGCGCGACCCGCCGCCACCAGGCCCUGCAGGGGGGAGAGCGGCUGCGGCGGACAGUGGUUCACGGGCCCCUGGGGCGUCUGCAGCGAGGAGUGCGGCCCCGGGAUGCAGACGAGGUCGGUCGUGUGCGUGACGCUCGCCAAGGGCCUGUGGAAGAUCGUCAAGGACAACCGAUGCCCGAUGCAGGCGCGGCCGCAGGACAACAGGGACUGCGACGUCCGGCCGUGCACGCCCGAGUGGUUCACGUCAGAGUGGUCGGAGUGUUCGGCCUCGUGCGAAGGCGGAGUCAUGCGGCGUGAGGUGACCUGCCUUGAUCCCGGCCGCCGCCCCUCCGCCGAGUGCCACAACGCCACCAAGCCGGCCUCGCGCCAGCCGUGCCACCUGCACUCCUGCGAUGCCAUCCCGACCACGACGGCGGCUUCAGUUUCGUCUUCAACCUCUACUGCGUUCCUCGUGCCGAGACCGCCGUACGCAGAGAGCGACGAAGAAACAACUCCCCGUCCUUUGGAGGCCGAAGGCGACCCAACAACCGAUGAAAAUGCUGCAGGAGUAGAAGACGAUUAUGCCGGCGAAGGAGGCGUGGAAGAGGGAACGGAGAGAACGGGAGAGACUUACGAAGAAGAGGAAGAAGGCGAAGAAGAGAACGAGCUGGUGGUGGUCGAGGAGACAGGCAGCAUUACCAACGUCAUUCCCGACAAGGACGCGCAGGGGGACGAGUCUGUGUCUGAGGGCGGCGACGGGGACAGCCCGAGGGAGGAAGAAGAGGCCGAGGAAAAGGAGAAGAGGAAGAGGAAGAGGAAGAAGGAGAAGAAGAAGAACCGGCAGAACAACGGCGAGGAGGAUGAAUCCCCGUCGCAGACGCAGCCGGCGACUGUGGCGCCAUCUGUGUCGUGUAUAGACCGGAUCAAAAACUGUCACCUGGUCUUCCGGGCUCGUUUGUGUCGGCUCAAGUACUACAACAGGUUAUGCUGCCGCACGUGUAGCGCCGCCAGGUGAACGGGACGGGGACAGCGAAGGCAUUGAAAGCAUUGUGUAGCGGGAGACACACCUACCUAAGGAAUGCUGAUAAUGGUGAUAAAGGAAAAGAUAUCACAGAUGGGAGAGAGAAACGUGGGAUGGAGGUUUUUCGGAGAAAGCAAGAUGGAUGAGUAACUAGAACCAGUUUUUGUACCGGUGAUUUUUUUUUUCUUUCUUUUUCUUUUUUU